CAGGGAUGGUGGGGGUGGAGAGAGGCCCGGGAGAAAGGUUCGGGCGAUUGGAGGGUGAGAAGUUUGGGGUAAAGGCUGGAAACGAGCUUAAGCAGGGAAGAGGGUCCCAGCUAGAGUAUGGGCAGAGGCCGGUGGGCUUACUUCGCCAGGUAGGGUAAACGCAAGAAAGGGUGACGUGGGAUGGGGGGCUCCGAAAGAACUGGGAGGUAACCCGCUGCAGAGCGCUGACCACGCCCCUCCAGAUAAUGCCUCACAUCACCGUCCCCCCGGGACCUCCUGCAGCCCCCAUGAUCGGGAAGAAAACAACUUGAAUCUAGACUUCACCCCAGGAUGUUGCGGAGGCUGCUGGAGCGACCCUGCACGCUGGGCCUGCUUGUGGGCUCCCAGCUGGCCGUCAUGAUGUACCUGUCACUAGGAGGCUUCCGAAGCCUCAGCGCCCUAUUUGGCCGAGAGCAGGGGCCCACAUUUGACUACUCUCAUCCCCAUGAUGUCUAUAGUAACCUCAGUCACCUGCCUGGGGCCCCUCCAGCUCUUCAAGGCCUGCCCUACUGUCCAGAACGCUCUCCUCUCUUAGUGGGUCCCGUGUCCGUGUCCUUUAGCCCAGUGCCAUCCCUGGCGGAGAUUGUGGAGAGGAACCCCCGGGUGGAACCCGGGGGUCGGUAUCGCCCCCCAGGCUGUGAGCCCCGCUCCCGUACAGCCAUCAUUGUGCCCCAUCGUGCCCGGGAGCACCACCUACGCCUAUUACUCUAUCAUCUGCAUCCCUUCCUGCAGCGCCAGCAACUGGCUUACGGCAUCUAUGUCAUCCACCAGGCUGGAAAUGGAACCUUUAACAGGGCAAAGCUGUUGAAUGUGGGGGUGCGGGAGGCCCUACGUGAUGAAGAGUGGGACUGCCUAUUCUUGCACGAUGUGGACCUUUUGCCAGAGAAUGACCACAAUCUCUAUGUGUGUGACCCCCGUGGGCCCCGGCAUGUUGCUGUUGCCAUGAACAAGUUUGGAUACAGCCUUCCGUACCCACAGUACUUCGGAGGGGUCUCGGCCCUCACUCCUGACCAGUACCUGAAGAUGAACGGCUUCCCCAAUGAAUACUGGGGCUGGGGCGGUGAGGAUGACGACAUUGCUACCAGGGUGCGCCUAGCUGGGAUGAAGAUCUCUCGCCCCCCCACAUCUGUGGGCCACUACAAAAUGGUGAAGCACCGAGGAGAUAAGGGCAAUGAAGAAAACCCCCACAGAUUUGACCUCUUGGUCCGUACCCAGAAUUCUUGGACUCAAGAUGGGAUGAACUCACUGACAUAUCGCCUGCUGGCUCGAGAGCUGGGCCCACUCUAUACCAACAUCACAGCAGACAUUGGCACUGACCCUCGGGGUCCUAGGACUCCUGGGCCCCAUUACCCACCUGGCUCCUCCCAGGCCUUCCGUCAAGAGAUGCUGCAGCGCCGGCCCCCUGCCAGGCCCGGCCCUCUGCCGACUGCCAACCACACAGCCCCCCAUGGCUCACACUGACUCUUUUCUGCCCACUGUAAUCAUGAAACUGCAUCAGAGUUGUUCUUUCCCCACCUGCAGCUCUUCUCUGCUCUUGGAGAGGAGCUGUGUGGGGGCCAGGGACCUCUCCUCACUGCUGGACUGGAGCUGGGCUCCUGUAAACCUGGGAGGCCCUCUUUCUAGGGUCACCUAAGGGUUAUGACUGUGAAUCCUUGAUGUCAUGAUUUUAUGUGAUGACUCCUGGGAGUUCCCUGCCCCUGGGGUGGGAGCAGGGCUGGAUCCCGAGUCCCUUCCUCUUCAUGGAAAGAAGAGAAAUCCGGCUUCUCCCGGGACCUCUGUGAAUAUUUAUUCUAUUUAUGGUUCCUAGGAAGUGUAUUUGGUGAAGGAAAUGCCUCCCUGUGUGCUCUGCCAGUACUGGAGUAGUUCCCUCUUCUGGACCUGGCUCAGGGGGCUGGAAUUUUGAUAUAUUUUCUAAUAAAGCACUAAGUCUUGC